AUGGUUGAAAAUAUCAUCUUGGACCUUUGGGUAGACGCACAAAAGAGGUUAUUCACUAUUACUGCAUAUCAAAAGUAUGGCGGUGCUUUCAACGAAGCUGUUCUUGACCCUUCAAAAUGGUCAGAAAUAUUGGAAAGGUCAUUGGAGGAAAGUGAAGGCCCUUUAAAAGAGAUCUGCAGAAAGGUCGGCCGUCAUAUUGAAGCGAUUCAAUCAGCUAUCAAUAUUGCAAACGAAGUCUUUCAAAUUGUAGCGGUGCUAAUGAGAUUAUUAGAGAAAGGGAUUAAGCUUGCAUUCAAGGAGGACACUGAGCUUAGCAAACUUCUGUCCGAGAUGCAAUUCGCGAAGAAUCAGGUCGACCGGUGCAUUGAUACUGCUAAUUAUCGAGAGAUCAAAAGGGCGGGUGCAAGCAUCGAAGCGAUUGACAAAAGUUUCAGUCGAGAGGAGCGCAACGAGAUUCUUGAAUGGUUGUCCUCAUUAGAUUUUGAGACUAGACAUGGGGAACUGUUAGGGCGGGUAAAGGGACGACCAAAUGCUAGAAAAAAGCUAUUAGACUCAAAAGCUUUUCAAAACUGGACGGAAACACCUUCCUCAAAGCUCUGGUAUACAGGAAAACCGGAAGCUGGUAAGAGUGUGUUAGCGUCAAUCAUAAUACUGCAUUUGCAAAAUGUAGCAACGAAGGACAAGUCUGAACCUGUAGUUGCAUUUCUUUACAUGUCUCAUAAGCGCGAGACGACAGUGCGAGAUCUUCUUGGGAGUGUCGUCAGACACAUUGUGGCAGAAAUGCCACUUAUUCUAUUCAUUAUAGAAGACGCAUGGAACGUGCAGACAAGCCGAAGUAAAUACGAUGGAAAGUAUCCCAAAACCCCACGAGGAAAUAUUGACAAAUUUCUUGUCCCAUUUGCUUUCAAAUAG